CCGAGGACCAACGAAGGAGACCAACUCCCAGGUUCAGCCAGGGCUUGGAGUUACUAGAAGGCAACAUUUCGGACACUGGGGGAUAAACAAGGCAGGUUCCAGCUGUGUGCCGUUGGUACAGAAUCGCAGGAAACACCUUGCAGCUGCAGAUUAACAAUAUCGGACUUUACAUAACAUUGAAGCUUUGCUCUGAUGCUGCCAGAAAGCCACUAGAAAACUACCAGAAGGGCUGGAGCCAGCACCAAGACAGGGCAGUCCGGAUCUUUUCUUUUCCAUUGAAAACAAAUGGUUUUGAGUCAUGGAUCAAGCUAUUGUGGACAAUCCUGUUACCCUUGUCAUCAGGGCUCCCAACCAGAAGUACGAUGACCAGACCAUCAACUGUUACCAGAACUGGACUGUGGAGAAACUCAAAGCACACUUGUCAGAUGUGUACCCAAGCAAACCAAGCUCCAAAGACCAGAGGCUGGUGUAUUCUGGGAAGCUGCUUUUGGAUCACUUUACCUUAAAAGAUGUGCUCAGAAAGCAGGAUGAGUACCAUAUGCUCCAUCUGGUGUGCGCCUCACGAACCCCUCCCAGCUCCCCAAAGCCCCCCCGCAGCCGCAGUAACAAGCCUCAGGAGAACUUGGCCGGUCCCACGCCCAUUACGAACUCAAAUAGCCCUCCCACUGGUCCACAUCAGUCAUCUACAGGAGAGAGCAGUGAUGGACUCAGACAGCGAGCUGGACCCUUCCCUUACCACCAGGUGUAUUCACAAUUAAUGCAGAGCUGGAACCAAUACUCUCCACAUUCAACUCCUCACACAAACAUGCCUGCUUAUUACAACCCCAUGACGCUAAUGUGGUGGCAGCAGCUGUACGCCCGGCAGUACUACAUGCAUUAUCAGUUACUGGCUGCCUCCGCUCAGCACCUCAGGCCGGAUCAGCCCUCAACUCAGUCCAGCCAGCCCGAUUCUCUAAGCCAGCGACCUCAAGCUGAUCCCCAUGGCAACCCAGAGGUCCAGAUGAACGCCCAGGGAGGGGAGAUCCUGAACGAGGAGGAGCUAAACUGGGACUGGUUGGACUGGGUGUACACAUUUUCUCGUGCUGCGAUCUUGCUUAGCAUAGUCUACUUCUACUCCUCCUUCAGCCGCUUUGUCAUGGUGACGAUGGCCAUGCUGGUGCUUUACCUGCACCAAGCCGGCUGGUUUCCUUUCAACCUGGAGAAUGAACUCCAGCUCCCUGGAGACAGAGCCAAUCAGGACGACAUGGAGGGGGAGCUACAAAACCUCGACUUACAAGAGAUGGAAGGCGUGAUGGAUGACGGCUCGGAUGAUGACGGUGAAAGUGGAGAGGAAGGCGCAGAAGAUCCGAACAGCGCCCCCCACGCAGGCUUCCUAUCCUCCACGUGGUCAUUCAUCAUAACCUUCUUCAUGUCGCUCAUCCCAGAGGGACCGCCAAACGCUGCUAACUGAACCACGAGCACCAUGAGCCACCGCAGCUCUCCACAGGAGCACAUUCUUUCUUUAAGAGAGGACAAAUAUCCUGCCCAUUUAGGGAAACUCUUUGUCUGUUGCAAUGCAGUGUUAUAGUUUCCCACUAGUCUACUUUUCUCCAUAUCUUAGUCAGAAGGUCACUUUAUAUUGACCUUUUUUGUUUGUCUGCAUGAAGACAAACAUUUUGAACUGUCAAAUGAAAUCAACAUUAGUUGAUCUUCUACAAACAAGAAUUGCUAGUGAUACCUUGUAAACAUAGUGAAAAUAAUAGUGUGCCAGUGCACUGUUUCAUAAAAUGAUUCAUAAAAUAGAGACAGCAGGCACAUUUAUAAAGAAAAAUAAUUAUAGCACUAUUUGUGUUUAACAACCCGACUCUUUUUUUUCUCUUUGUAAGAAGCUACAAUAUUUGUUGAAAUAGUUUUGUUUGAACUAUAAUGAUUUUUUUUUUGUAAUAAUGGUGGUUGUAUUCCAACAAGAAAUUGAAAUAAAAGGGCCACUUUUAGUCCAAAAGCUGAACUAAAGCAAGUAAUCCUGAAAUCACGCAGCUCCUGUGAUAAAGGACGUGAGUGAUUUUGGCUUGAGAGUUCAUAAAGUGUGUCUGAACACAUUGUGUGCUGUGUUCCCGUGUAACACAGAGUGAUGCUGGCUUCUGAAAAGUGAAUCAGCGUACCACUAACUCUCUAAAACAGCCUGAAAGGACUGAGCGAGAUAGAAGAAUUGAUCUCCCACCACUAAUGGAGUAUCAAGUCAUGUUUUAAGACACUUUAAAAUGCCCUACUCCUUAAGCCAGGGGUGUCCAAACUGUUCCACAAAGGGCUGUGUGGCUGCAGGUUUUUGUUCCAACCAAGCAGCAGCACACCAGACUUGACUCAUUAAAUCAACUGAUCUCAGUCUUCAGACAGUUGAUUGGUUACACUGUGUGCUCUUCAUUGGUUGGAACAAAAACCUGCAGCCACACCGGCCCUUUGUGGAACAGUUUGGACACCCCUGGCUUAAGCACUGCCUCAAUGCUGAGUUUGUGUAGGACAAACCGAACACCUCUCAAGUUUGUGAAAAUGGCUGCUGCUGUUACAUUUAUCAUGUUGUGUACCAGUAAUAAUAUUCAUGUUUAUUAAACCUACCUUGAU